GAUUGCCCCGCAACUCGCGUUUCAUGAGGGGACGCACUCUAUCGUAUUGAGCCAAAGAUUCCAGAUCUUGGAUGCUCGCUUUCAGGGACCGAAUGCUAUAUGUCUGGCAUAUAUUUCCAAGCAUCUAACGGAAACAAGAUCGCCACAUUCUGAAUGGGAUCACCUUCAACGAUCUAGCAUGGCUCCCUCCCUUGUGUUAUCUCCUGCUGCAAGCACAAUCGCGGACAUGUCCACCACCAAAGCCAGCCACGUUACCGUUGAAGCAGCGCUCUCAGCAGCAAAGACCCGCUUUGUAGAAAGAAACACCACAAGCUUGGCCCUGCACAACGAAGCGAUCAAGAGUCUCCCAGGCGGCAACACCCGCAGCCUCCUCCACACCGCGCCAUUUCCCGUAUUUCUCAAGAAAGGCGAAGGUUACAGAGUCACAUCUGAGGACGGGCACACCUAUACCGAUUUCGUAGGCGAAAUGACCGCCGCCCUCUACGGCCACUCGCACCCCGUCCUCGCAUCCGCCCUUAUCUCUACUAUCCAAGAUAUCGGCCUCAACCUCGGCGGCACCACAUCCCUCGAAGCCCGUCACGCCGCCCUCCUCUGCGCCCGCUUCCGCCUAUCCCGCGUGCGCUUCACCAACUCCGGCACCGAAGCAACGCUGCACGCGCUCGCCGGCGCACGCGCGUUCACCGGGCGGCGGAAAGUCGUCGUCUUCGGGGGUGGUUACCAUGGCGGGUGUUUCUCCUUUCCUGAAGACGCGCCGGCGGAGAAUUGCGUCGAUAAAGAGGACUGGGUGGUAGCGACGUUCAACGACCCUGCCGACGCAAAGGCUAAGAUCGAGGGCAGCGGGGAUGUGGCAGCGGUGCUGGUCGAGGGCAUGCAGGGCCGCGGGCCGUGUAUAGUGGGCAGCCACGCGUUUCUGCACCAGGUGCAGGCGAGCGCGCGGGCGGUUGGCGCGGUGUUCAUCCUCGAUGAAGUGCAAACGAGUAGGCUUUCCGGCGGGGGGUUGGCGGAGCUCGAGGGGCUGGAGCCUGAUAUCACGACGUUGGGGAAGUGGGUUGGGGGUGGCGUGGCGUUUGGGGCAUUUGGGGGAAGAGAAGAUAUUAUGCGAGUGUAUGAUCCCCGUGACGGCAAUGCCCUCUCGCACUCUGGCACGUUCAACAACAACACCCUCGCCAUGGUGGCUGGGUAUACUGGCCUAUCGCAGAUCUACACGCCUGCCGUGGCGCAAGACUUCAAUACCAUGGGCGACAAGCUGCGCUCUGCUCUUCAGGAACUGAGUCAGGGCACGAAAAUGACUGUCACAGGCCUCGGCACCAUAAUGGGCAUUCACUUUCUGGAAGAUGGAAGAAAGGACUUGAAGAGUUACAAGGACAGGAAUGAAGAUGUGGAGCUACGAGAGCUUUUCUGGUUCGAGAUGAUGGAGGAGGGGUUUUGGAUUACGCAGCGAGGAAGUAUUGCGCUUGUUUUGGAGACGCCGUGGCAGGAGCUGGAGAGAUUUGUACGGUGUGUCGGGGCAUUCCUGGAGAGGUAUGGAGCACUGGUGAGAAUUUGACGUGUGUAAAAAUGUGGCGCUCCAGCCCUAUGGCCCUGCAGCCUCAGGUAACCGCAUCGAUCGUGGGGUCCCGAGUCUGGCCCCAGUCAGCCGGGCCCCAGGCUAUAACAAGCAUUGCCGCUUUCGAGUAAAUCUACGCGCAAGCCAC